AUGUCGCCCAUGAAGCUGUGUGUUCCAGGUGACAAACUAUGCAGUGUAGAAGACUGUAUACCCGGCACAGGAGUGUACCUGCGGCACGGCUACAUAUACUCCUCACUAGCAGGCUACGUGCUGAGGAAAAACGAGGGAGAGGAGUUACCAGUAAUCUCAGUGGUGAGGGAAACAGAAGCACAACUACUACCAGAUGUUGGAGCAAUAGUCACCUGUAAGGUGACCAGCAUCAACCCAAGGUUCGCCAAGGUCCACAUCCUUUAUGUAGGCUCCACGCCGCUCAAGGACCGCUUCAGAGGCACCAUCAGAAAAGAAGAUGUACGAGCGACAGAGAAAGACAAGGUGGAGACCUACAAAAGUUUCAGACCAGGUGACAUCGUCCUAGCAAAAGUGAUCUCUCUCGGUGAUGUGCAGUCGAACUACCUGUUGACUACAGCAGAGAAUGAACUGGGGGUGGUGGUGGCACACAGUGAAGCAGGUGCCCAGAUGAUCCCCAUCAGCUGGUGUGAGAUGCAGUGUCCUCGAACACAUUCCAAAGAGUUCCGCAAAGUGGCACGAGUGCAGCCGGAGUAUCUACAGGCAUGAGAGGCCUGAAAAGUCUUCUUCCCACAAGGAACACACAGCUUCCCCUCCCUCCUUCACUAUUGUCACAGAGCCUCCCGACUCUGUUUCAGAUGUUUUAUGAGAGACUGGACGACAUGCGUAUCGUCGGCUGCUUCCUGGUUUCAUGACUUUCUUAAGUGUUUAAGUAACUUUCCAUCUGCACAUUUGUCACCAUUUGAUUGUGCCACCUUGAAAACACUAAUGCAGCAUCAGACCAAACUGCAAAAUUGUCAGGACGUUAUAAACAAUGUAGCAUUAGUGGAAAUUUGAAAGCAUUUGCCAGUGAUGCAGGGCUUUUUAAGUUUUCAUUAAACUGCCUUAUGACAACCUGAUUUAGAACUGUAGACAAAAGAAAUGACUCAGUUUACUCAGGACGUUAUAUUACGCUGAUAGUCUCCAGCUUUCUAAGCUGAGAAGCUAAAAGCAUCUGGAUUUUGUACCUAGUAAAGAAAGGUCUUUCCCAGAUGCUAAGUUGCUAAUAAGAAUUAUGGAAUUAUCAUCAGGUCACUCAGAUGAUUUUAGCAUUUGGUCAAGAGUUGUAUCUUGUGUAAGGAGCAAAUGAACGCUCUGUAUUUUGUAACCAGAGAAAUCAUUGCAAAUGGCAGUGACUUUGUUUCAAAAUAAGGAGGAUUUGACCAAAAAUGAUGCAUAGUGUGCAUUGCACUUUGAAUUGCAUGAUGUCAUGUAGGUGGCCGACCAUUUUUUUUAUUCUUUGUCCAUAAAAGUGACAGAGACAUUUUUUAUCUACCUUUCCAACUUUUCCAGUUUCAAGAAAACUGGAUGGACGAAUGUUGUCCACAGACUAGGUUUAAAGGAAAGUGAAUGUUCAGUUAGAAUUACAACACAACUACUGAGGACAGAAUGAAAAACGUGAUAGCCAUAUAUUUCUUAGUUUUCCAGCACAUUAUCAAGGUGAAACGCUUGUGAACCAGCAAAGCAGAAAUGUUGUAAUGUUUUUCUUGAAGUAAAGCGUAAUUGGACUUUCCUUAUUCUUUCCUUCUUUACAGCAGAUGUCAUGUGCAAGAAUGAAAUAAAAGGACUAU